CUGUAAGAUAAUUGUAGGUGGUUGUACAUACCGUUGGGCGAGAGCAACGCGGAAGCCGCGGAACGUUUUUAUUGUUAUCCACUCCAAAGUCUAGACAAUAAAACGAUUUAUAUAGAUCGUUAUCUGGAUUUCCCUUUGGAGUGGUUUGUGUUUUUAUUUUUAAUAAAAUCUUAUUACUAUACUGUACUAUUACGUCAUCAUGACAUCAUCGCAUACCAGUGAUACAUAUCAUGUAGCCAACUACAAAGUUGAAUAACAACAUUACAACAAACAUUUAAAGCCUCGACGAUUUGACCUGAAAGCUGUUGCAUCGAGGCGGAGUGAUCGAGCUGCUGGAGUCUUUCUAAUUUCCACAUCUUGCAUAAUUCUAUUUAUGGUUAGAGCAUCUGCCACUACGUUUUCGGAAUUUUUCAUCCCUGUGGCAAAACUAACCCAAGUUUCUCACUUCGUCAGGAACUGCAACGUUCUCAGUUCAGAAUUCAUUGCAGCACCAGCGGAUAAUCGGAUUCAUGGCAGAUAAACAACGAGGCCGUGGUAGUACGCAGAACCGUGGCGGACGCGGACGAGGUGGGACUGGCGGCGCUCGCGGCGCUGUUCCUUUAGGUUUACCUCCCGACCCCGAACCACCGGCCAGGCGCAUCGAGCAAUCCGAUUUUCCCGCUCUUGGGGCCCCACAGGCUGCCCCGCGGCCUACACCCAGCGCACCACGAGGGGCUGCAUGGGGGCGCACUGAGACGGUUGUGGCAGCCGCUGCAACCAGCGCUCAGUUGCCUGUGACAAGCGGUGUGCCAAAAAGCUCGGAACCGUCGACCAGCCGUGCUUCGGCCAGCCAUACAGUUUCUCUGGAGAAGAGUGUGUCUGCACUGACUGUCGGCGAUGGCGCGAAACCUGUCUCCGCGCGUGGCCAAGGGGAUGCUGGCUCAUCCAAACCUUCGUCGAGUAAAUCUACAUCAGCCAGUGCAAAAUCAGCGGAAAAGAAACCAGCGGGCGAUGCGAGUGCGCUGGAAGAACGGGAUCCUGUGACACGUCCUGGCGAUGCUAAAAUCGGUUUCGGAACCCGCGGAUUUCCUAUUGCUCUGAAGGCCAAUCACUAUGUCCUGCGCGUCUCCAAGAAGGAUCAGAUGAUCUACUGUUACAGUUUGGCCAUUGCAGCGCGGUGUGGCACACGUGAUGCCGGAGCCGCUGAAGCCAGCCAUGAAACGACACAUCAUGAACGAAUUCCGUCGGCAAAAUCCGCGUCAAGUGCUAGGCAAAGGACAGGGUGGAGAGAUCGCUUUUAACAAAGCCGAUGAGAUUUUUGCAGGAUUCCUGCUUGCCGACAUUACUGACCAGGAAGAGGUGGCUUUUGAGUUUGCUUCCACGAUGGAACAACUAGGGGAUCCGCGCACGUAUGAUUGCAAAGUUUCGCUGAAGUUGAUCCGGCAAGAGCGCAUGGAUAAUUACCUGCAAGUUUUCAAAACAGGCAAUCUGAAUGGUCGAAAAGCAGAGGAUUAUAUCCGCCCCGUGGAUACUAUUCUACGGCAGGCUAUGCUGGUUACACAGAGAGCAGUGGAAAUUGGACGAAGCCUGUAUAUCCCUAAGGAGACAGAAAUUUUACAACACGGGAGAUUGGCUAUAUCCAAACUAUUUGUGAGCGUUCGCCCAUCAACGGCGAUGAAUGGCCUGAUCACUUUGUUUCUCACAUCGGGAAGCGCAUUCUACAAAGAACAGCCCCUACUAUGGUUUUUAAAAGACAACAAUCCCAGUUUGGUAGUCCCUCAAAGAGCGGAUCCUAAUUUCGUUUUGGAAGAAGGUUUCGUGGAGUGGUUGAAUGCUAAUGAAGUUAGAGGAUUGAAAGUGGAAGUGCCGACUGUUGAUGCUCAGACUCGGAAAGAAUAUCAGAAAACAUAUGCAAUAAAGCAGAUCUGUCGGGAGAGUGUGGCUGCCAAAAAGUUUGACUUGGACAAUAAGAAGAUUUCUGUCCUGGAUUAUCACCGUAAUUUGGGUAGAGCGAUUUUAUUUCCACGAUUGCAAGUUGUUGAGAUGAUGAACGGAUCCUUUAUUCCCAUGGAACUAUGCAAGAUUAAAAAACACCAACAGCUGCUGGAUCGCGUGGCACCGAUGGUAGCGGAGGAAAUGGUUACGCUGUAUUCGCGGCCAGCUCCGGAGCGUAUGCGACAUAUCCAGCAAAAUCGGGAAGCAUCCAUUACAACAAACAAUCCCGUCAUGCAAAGUUUUUCGUUGGAACUGAGUCCGAACAUGAUGACCUUUAAUGGGCGCGUCCUUCCGCCACCGGUGCUUUCGCAGAAAGGAUUAAGAAUCCCAGUGAAUGAUGGCUCCUGGAAGUGCGACUUCGAAAAAGUGGAAAACGCUAAAUCACUGAAUAAAUGGGUUUUGUUCUACCUGGAUUGUUAUCCCAUUCGCGAUCUGGUUGUUACUUUCAAGAAGACGGGUCAGCAAAUGGGUAUCGGUGUUAGCGAUCCGCAGAAUGGUGACGGAACGAAAAUUCGACGAAAUGAACUGAAAACGGCUGUAUCGAAACUAGACGCCAAAAGCUUGGAUUUGGCUGUAUUUAUUGAAGAUCGUCAGGGAAGAAAAUCGGAUUUGCAUGAUGAAAUCAAACGCGUAUGUGAAAGCGGAUCUGCAGUUCAAAAACUGAGGACCCAGUUCAUCAGCCGCAGUACUGCCAGUCGGCCGGGGAAUAUAGCCAACAUUUUGCGAAAGAUCAACGUGAAACUGGGCGGCAUCAACUUCAGAUUUGAGCGUCCCCGAUUUUUAGCUAAUAUUAAAACAAUGGUAAUCGGAGCGGAUGUAACCCAUCCUAAAGGUGCAGGACUGCGUAAGCGACCUUCGGUGGCUGCCGUGGUAGCGAACACCGAUGAUGCAUUCCUGCAGUACAAAGCUGUGCUGGAUCCUCAAGUGGGCGACCAUGGAAAAUUAAAGGAGCUAAUUGAAAAUUUUGGGGACAUCAUGUUGACACUGUUUGCGGCGUAUGGUGAAGUUCCUCCAGAGCGAAUUUAUUAUUAUAGAGAUGGGGUCAGCGAAGGACAGUACAAGAAGGUGUUGGCUUACGAGUAUGCGGCUUUGGUGGAUGCUUAUAAGAAAAAGUACGGAAAAGAAGCCAAGAUUACAUUCAUCGUUGUAACCAAGCGUCACCAGACUCGUCUGGCUUGUCAAAAUGAUAGAGAUGCUCCUAAAGGAAAAGGUGUUAAUGUCCCAGCCGGUACGGUUGCGGAUAAGGAUUUAUGUUCCAAUUUGACUUUUGAUUGGUACAUGGCUUCUCAGCACGGAAUUCAGGGAACAACACGUCCUGCGCAUUAUAUCGUAAUGAUUGAUCAAAACUGCUCAACUGCUGACCAGCUGCAAGAGCUGUCAUACGCUUUGGCUCAUGCUUUUCAACGCACUACACGAAGUGUGUCAUUGCCGACACCUGUGUAUUAUGCCCACCUGGCAGCGGAAAGGGCUAAAGAAAUUCUUGGACCUUCCGAGUAUCCAAAAUUAGCAGAUGAUAGUCCAAGCGCUGUGCAAGCGGAGUUGCGGAAAUGAUUUGAAUUUUGACGAUCAGCGUCGAU